AUGGCUGUAAAGGCAAAGAAAGGCGACAAGGGUGCCCCAGGGGGAGCACACAGCCAUAUCCGAGCUCGUAUGGCGUAUCUACACAGAGCCGCAAUAUAUUUACAGACUCAUCCAAAAUCCGAGACAAAUACACCAACACAAAACCCAGACGACAUAAAGCAUGGUGAUAGAGAAAAAGACAGUGAAGCUAGACAGGCCAAAUCCAACAUACAAGCAACUAUGCCCCGACAAUACAUCACCCAAAUGCGCAGCAUCGCACUAAAAACGCAACAACGGCUGUCCCAAGAGACAAAGCGCGGUUUCUGCAAGAGAUGUGACUUGCUUUUGGUUCCCGGUGAAACAUCCACAGAAGAGAUUCAAAAUGAGAGCAAAGGUUGUCGAAAACCCUGGGCGGAUGUUUUGGUGGUUCGUUGCAAGGCUUGUGAGACGGUGAAACGGUUUCCACAGAAUCAGAAGCGGAGUGUGAAAUUGGCUGUGCGGGGGAAGGAGAAAGCUGCCGUUGAAACGAAAGUAGGAGUUGAAGGAUCAUGA